UUCCCUCAAGAGCAAGCAUUAGCAGUGGCUGUUGCGACAGCGGCGAGGAGAAACUCCCUUUUAGGAAGAAACCUCGGCAGACCCAGACUCUUGGUAGGCGGUGCCUGACCGGGCCGGUUGGGGGUGUAACUGGCUACUCCGCUUGUCAUUGGUCGGCUGUCAAAAAAGCGCUUGACGUAGGGCUUUUCUCAACUUCAAAAAGACACUGUGAGCUGCAAUAAAAGAAGUCAGCAGCUUUAAAAAAGCGCUCAGGACUUUUUUGAAAACACGGUUUACUCUGCAGGAUUACAAUGUAAAACAGACGCUGGCAGCUUCAAAAAAGACGCCACGUGUGAACACUUAGCCUGUAUGUGUAAAAUAGCCAGAGUGCUUCUGUAAGACUAAUCAAUAAUGUUCUGAUUCAUCUUUUUUCUUGAUCUUUCAUGUAGCAAAUGCUCUUGAACUAAUAAAAGAACUCUUCUACUGUAUACAAUAUACUGACGUGUGUGUGGUUUUUACAGAAUACCAAUCAUUGAGAAUCCGUAGACCCAAAUCUUUUUCUUUUUUCUUUCAACUAUUCUUUUCUUCCUUUUUAAACUUUUAUCUCUCUUUCUCUCAACCACCAACCCUGUGCCAACUUCCUGUAACACAAGUCGCACAUGCACAGCGUUGCUGUUUAGACUUUGAACACGCCCACACGUUUACACACAUUCUAAACUUGCUGCUUUACAAAUCCAUGCUUUUGCGUUUCUGCGACACUGCUGAACACUGACACCAGCAAAGAUGGAGUUUGCCUGCAGUCAUGUUGUGUGUAAUUGGAGGCCUGACGGAGCAGCAUCCACAGGUGUUUCUCUUAUCAAACACAAGUAUGACAACACAGUGCCGGUUAAACAGCAAGAAGGUCCAGUUCCUCCACCGCUGCCUCCUCGACGUCUCCGAAAACCUCGGCCCACUUCGCUGCCCAUGCCCCCCCUUGCCUCCGUUCAGCCUCCACCUGCUCCUCUCUCCCUCCCUCCUCCUGUCCCACCCAGACUUGAUAAAGAAGGAGGAAGCAGGCUGGAAGCCAACGUCAACGUCGUCUCGAUCGGUGUUGGAAAACUGGUCGACAUCUGGCAAGCCUCAGGCCUGAAGAGUUUUCAGAGCCCACUGAUUUGUGGGAAAUGUAGUGCUGCCCUGUCAUCUCUGAGUACUUUACAGAGGAACGUGUGGGUGUGCGAGUUCUGUGGACGUGAGAACAGUGUAAACGACAGUGUGAAGAGAGUGUGCGUUGGUCAGGGCGCAGGUGUACACAGCGACGAGAUCUACCUGCCGAAUCAGAGCGACGAUGACUACCAGAACUUGGAAGACACACUGGUGGUUUUCUGUGUGGACAUUUCUGGCAGCAUGAUUGUUACUACAGAGGUUACAUCAAGCAGUGGAUCUCCUACAUACAUAUCCAGACUAGAGGGUAUCCAGGAUGCCCUGCAGAGAACGCUGUCGUCCCUGCUGCAGCAGUCGCCCCGCAGGAGAGUGGCAUUGGUCACAUUCAACGAUGAGGUUGUAAUAUAUGGUGAUGGUACUAGUACUCCUCUCACUCUCCGGGACUGGGCGUUGGUUGACUACGACCAUAUAUGGCAACAAAGUGUGGCUUAUAGCAUCCCACACUGUAUUGCCGAGACGUACGACCAACUAGUACAAAGGGUCAAAGACCUGAGGGAACACGGGGCUACGUGUCUUGGUCCUGCAGCAUUAGCCUCGGUUGCAAUGGCGUCCAGGUACCCCGGGUCAAAGGUGAUUUUGUGCACUGAUGGCAGAGCCAACAUCGGACUGGGUGAGAUGGAGCAAAUUCCCUCUCUGUCCCCCUCUCCCCUUACUCCAUAUUUCUACAGACAGCUGGCUCUACAGGCUGUGGAGAGUGGAAUCAUAAUAUCAGUAAUGACUUUUGAAGGGACAGAUUGUCGCUUGGCAGACGUUGGGAGACUCGCAGACACUACUGGAGGAAGGAUAAACAUCGUGAGCAUUGGUACCGUUGCAACAGAGAUCCAGUCAGCCUCCAUGGACAACAUACUUGCAACUGGAGUCACUGCAACCCUGCUUGCUCCUGAUGGAGUUUAUUUUCCUUUUGAGGAUGGAAACAAUCACAAACUGGUGAGAGAAAUAGGGAAUGUGACCAAGGGGCUGGAGAUCACUAUCCAGUUUGCUGUAAAACCAGAAUUUACAGAAGUUUUCCUCCAGAAGGACACACUUCCAUUUCAACUCCAGCUGAGCUUCAAGACCAGAGACCAUGAAAAAGUCACCCGUGUUAUAACAGAACAACGACCAGUAACUACUUGCAGUCGGAUUUGGGCUGGUAACCUCAACAUGGCGGUGCUUGGCGUUCACUGUGCUCAACUCUGUGCCAGUUUAACCAUGGAGGGUCGAGUGCAGGAAGCACAGAGGCAACUAAAAGCACAGCAAGACCUGCACAAUCAAAUCAGUAAGCAGAGGCCAAUCCAAAAGGAAGAGAGUAUCUAUGGCAACUGGAUAGACACCAUGACAACAAUCUGUGACGACAUCACCACGGAAUCCCAGACUCUCUCUGAUCAAGCAGCUAAGGUAAUGUACCAAAUGAAGAGAGCCAGCAGUGCCAACAACAACAGCAGCAGCAGCAGCAACAACAACAACACAAAUGAGAUCCAAAAGAAAAGAAGAGGGAAGAAAAAGGCUCUUGUGGAAGGAAUGUAACGAAAUCAGCCAUCCACAAAUAUUGAUAUUAAGCCAUGUUGGCUUGCAACUUUUUUUUGGCAGGUGUGGGACUAGAAGGAGGUUCAUUGCACACUGUCUAUGUAGGACUAAUAUUGAAAAUGAACACCUGAACUGAAAAGGACAGAGCACUUGGGCGCCCGGGUAGCUCAGUUGGUACAGCACGCGCCCAUAUAUAGAGGUUUAUUCCUUGACGCAGAGGCCCAGGGUUCGAAUCUGACCUGAGGCAACUUCCUGCAUGUCUUCCUAGCACUCAAACUAAAAAGAUGAAAUGGCGAUGAAUGAUGAAAGCCUUCUCAAGAGUAUUUAAUGCAAGGGUGCAGAAAACUGUUUGUCACCUUGUGAGUCAACUCAGGAAUGAAGGAAGCAAGAUCAGGACAGCGACAAAACUUCAUAAUCAAUCAACAAAUAAUACAUCAGGACUGUUAGUGGACUGGUAGAGCAUGCACCCCAUGUACAAAGGCUCAGUCCGUGUCACAGCGGCCGCAGGUUAGAAUCCGACCUGCGGCCCUUUGCUGCAUGUCAUUCCCCCCCUCUCUCUCU